AUGCCGCGUGUGCCAUUUGGCACGGCGGAAGAUGAGUGCGUCGGCAAGCAGCAGCUUGCAGUACCUUCCUCAAUCCGUACGCUCAAAGAUGUUUGGCGCUCGGCCCUGACAAUCCCAUACCGGCCCCAGCAGCAGCUGGCUGUGGAUGUGAGCGAUCGCCAGUUUCACGAUCACUACGCCACACGAAUUCAGGCCGCAUGGCGGCGUGCAAUAGCACGCCAGCGGGUGGCAAAUUUAGUAGCGUGCAACUACACCACACUCCUCCUCAACAGAUGCUGCGAGCAACUCACUGCCCGAAUGCAAGCCAAGGCAUUUGUGGCCGCUCGGAAUCAUCAUAUCCGGCGCCUGCGGGAAGAAGUUGCAAAGUCCAGUGGCUUUGUCUCCUACCUGUACCGCCGCGAGAAGGAGAUUCAGAUCCAGGAGCACCUCGACAACGAGAAGCAUUGCCUUCGAGCCGCGCUCCUGAUUCAGGCGUGGUGGAAGGGGUGCUUGGUGCGAGGCUUUGAGGCUGCACACAGAGCCAAACAGCAGCGAGCCCAACACAGGCAGCUGACGUCGACUUCAAGAAGCUCGCAACCUGCGAAGCAUGAAACAGCCAGUGCCCUGGCUGAGUUUUUCGACAACCCUUCAAGGACUAUUCAGCAGGUGCCGGCCGUUGGCCUGGACGAAAAGGACCAUUCUUCGUCUGAUGAGUCGAAGGCUGACAGAAAGGCCAAGACAACCUCAAGGCACAGGCUGCCACUGAGGAGGCUCAGCAGGACGCGCAGUUCUGGAGCCGAAGAGAUAGUGCACCAGCGACCGCGCCAGAUCCAAAUCUACUUCUCGGACACAGGAGGUGGCCAUCGUGCCUCCGCUCUGUCGUUGGAGGCGGCACUGAAGAAGCUUUACGGAAGCCAGGUCUCGGUGACGUUGGUCGACUUCAUACGGCAGGCCAUGCCGUGGCCUUUGUCGCAGGCGCCAGAAACCUACCAGACGUUGGGCCACUUUCCAUCUGUCUACAAACGCGCCUGGGACUAUGACCAAGAGAGCGAGACGUGGCGGGACACCACAAGCUACAAAAUGAUGUGGAGCUACUGUCGAGAGUCAGUCCUCACAUAUUUGCAGGAUGCCGCUCUUGAUUUGGAUCUCAUCAUCUCUGUCCAUCCUCUGAUUCACCAUGUUGUCAUUGAAGCACUCGAGGAGCUUUCGCAAGGUGCGGAGGCCACCCGAGAGGACCUUCGGUUACCUGUUGUCACAGUGGUCACAGACUUGGGCUCCGCGCAUCUGUCCUGGUUUGACCCGCGUUGCGACAUGCUCUUUGUUCCGAGUCAGGAGAUUUACCAAGCUGCGAUCAGAAGAGGAGCACCCAAGAGGAAGAUCCAUUUGUGUGGUCUUCCUCUGCGGGAAGGAUUCUGGUCAGCUGAUCCUGUUACUCCAGAACAAAAGCGCCGCUUACAGGAGCAGCUGGGAUUGCGACCCACAGAACGACCAGAGGUUGUGCUUCUAAUGGGUGGUGGCGAGGGCUUCGGCAAGCUGCUGGAUGUGGCCUGUGCCAUCGGCGAUACGUUGAUCGGCCUUGGCUAUGGACAGCUGGUGGUCGUUUGUGGCCGAAAUGAGGAGGUGCGGAAAGCAUUGUCGGAGAGGCGCUGGAUGCCUCGACGCUUCGGGGAAUGGCUCUUCGAGCCGCUGAUACUGGGUUUUGUCACGAACGUGGAUCAGUACAUGACCGCUGCAGACUGCUUGGUGACGAAGGCUGGCCCUGGAUCAAUAGCUGAGAGUAUGAUCAAAGGCCUUCCAUGCCUCCUGACAGCUUUCGUGCCUGGCCAAGAGGAAGGCAACAUCAGCUAUGUCACAGAAAAUGGCGCAGGUGCCUACGUCUCGGAUCAGGAGCCUGAUCUUGUGGCGGCCAAGAUUGAGGAGUGGUUGAAGGAUCCACCUGCCCUCGAGAAGAUGUCGGAGAACGCGCGGCGGUUGGCACAGCCAGGUGCAGCGCUAGAAAUCUCAAGGAGGAUGUGCGACAGUCUUCUUGAUCUGGGCGUUGAGCUGGCAGAGGUGCAUGCUGGAAGUUUCGGGACGACUUGGAGGGACCAGCUGUUGCAUCGCAAGGAGCAGCGACGCAAAUCAAGGCAAAAAGGAGCAGUGAGCGAAGCCACGACCAGCGAGGAAUGUGAGGCUUCUCCUUGA